GCUCUAGAAUUGCUCUAUCCAGUUACCAACUUUGCCAGCUAAUUCGCAUAUUAGCGGAGAUAGUCUAACGCGAAUCAAUCACAUGUCAAUCAAACGCAUAUCAAUCAAGCGAACAACAAUAACAACAAGUGUCAGUGACAACAACAACAACAAGUGAGCUAAACAAUCACAGCAACAGUUAAACUUGAGGCCAGGACAAUAAAUAAAUUUGCGCUUUAAGAAGCAGAUAAUGAGCAUAGUAAAUUAGUGUGGAGUUCGAACAGUUGCCAAAUUGUUGCCGUUAAUUCACACAACACAUGUAGAUACAGAACAGAUAAUGAAACUGUGAUACAUUUCGGGCAAUUUAAAGUGUCGCCGUUGUUAAUUGAGCCUUCACACGCUCAAGUGCGCCACUUCAAAUCAGCGACUCCCCGCGCAGUUCGCUUCACUGUCAAACGAGGCAACAACACAGAGUCGUAAAAGAAGAGGAAGAAGAAGCAGCAGCAGAACAACAACAGCAAUAUCAACAACUCGGCUGAGCACGAAGUUAUCACCGGUAGUUCGCGCAAGAGCAACAACAACCAAAGGCGCUGCUCACGCUGCUCAGUCGACUUUGGCAGCGACAGCGACAGCGACUGCGUCUCCUCAGUAAGCUUGUCGCGUGUUUUUUGUUGUUUGUGUUCAUACAGACUCUCGCUCUCCGACCACCGCCCCACUCCUCCCCCCGCAUUGAGACAACUUCACCCACUCGACUCGAUGCUUAUGUUAGUCUCGGAUUGUGACUUUGCCGUCGUCGCCGUCUGCUGCUGCAGCUGCUGCUGCUGCUGCUGCAAAGGAAGUCGGUCUUGUGACUUGGUGCAACAAGAGUGCAGCUAAUUGAAUUUAAUGCACAAGCAAAAGGAAUUUGAUUUCAUUUUUAUAUCGGACGCAUGAGCAGUACCUAGUGGCAGGCAGAGGCGCAAAAGCAAUGCGGAAAGAAAGUGCAAGUGACAAUCGAAGCAACAACAAAAAGCGCUCAAUAAGCGCAUCUUAACAGUGAAUGCAAAGCCAAAAAAAUAACAAUAUAAACAUUAUAAUUUAAUAUAUACAUUAUAUAUAGGGUCAAUUAAUAUUCAAGCCGUAAAGCUUACCACUGCAUUGUGAUAUUGCCUGUUUAAUUUGAUAAAACACAAACACUCAAUAUGAAGUUCAACAGAAAUGGACGCGAAACUGUGCUCCUCGUGCCAUCGCCCAACAACACGUUUCCCGUUCGCACGUGCUCCAACGCAUCCUCGCUGCGCCUUAAUAUGGAUCACGAUCACGACAAGAUCGACGAUGAUACCGAGGAGGGACUUGGCUAUACGCACACACUGAUGUAUGGUCGCUAUACGAAAGAUCUAGGAGAAUUUGCUAAAGAUGAAGCCAGAAAACUCAAACUACUCGAAAAGCGACGAAAGCAAGAAGAUAAACAAAGGAAUAAGGAACUGCUGGGCAAACGAGCGACGCGUAUAAAGAGCAUCUCAUCAUGGAUCUGGAAGCAUACAUUGGCACGCCUCGGCGAGGAUUGGGUAUUCCUCGCCCUGCUCGGCAUCAUAAUGGCAAUGCUCUCCUUCAUCAUGGACAAAGGCAUAUCAAUAUGUACAAAUGCUCGUAUUUGGCUGUAUCGCGAUCUUACUUCACAACCCUUCAUACAAUAUAUUGCUUGGGUCUCAUUGCCGGUCUGUCUAAUAUUAUUCUCAGCCGGCUUUGUACAUCUCAUCGCACCGCAAAGCAUAGGUUCCGGUAUACCUGAAAUGAAGACCAUAUUGCGUGGCGUUGCGCUGAAAGAGUAUCUCACAUUUAAGACAUUAGUGGCCAAGGUAAUUGGUUUAACGGCAACUCUGGGCAGCGGUAUGCCAUUAGGAAAGGAAGGUCCUUUCGUACAUAUAGCAAGUAUUGUAGCACAAUUAUUAAGUAAACUCGUCACAUCAUUCCAAGGCAUCUAUGAGAAUGAGUCCCGCAACUCGGAAAUGCUGGCGGCUGCCUGCGCUGUUGGCGUCGGCGCCUGUUUUGCGGCGCCCGUUGGUGGCGUGCUCUUCAGCAUUGAGGUAACCACCACCUAUUUUGCGGUGCGCAAUUACUGGCGUGGCUUCUUUGCCGCCGUCUGUGGCGCAACUGUAUUUCGUCUGCUUGCGGUCUGGUUCCAAAAUGCCGACACAGUGCGUGCACUCUUCCUAACCAAUUUCACCACCGAAUUUCCCUUCGAUCCUCAGGAGCUGUUUGUAUUCGCAUUAAUUGGCUUUGUUUGUGGCUUGGGUGGCGCCACCUAUGUCUGGGUGCAUCGUCGCUAUGUGCUUUUCAUGCGCUCCAACAAACGUAUGAAUAAAUUUCUGCAAAAAAACCGCUUCUUGUAUCCUGGUUUUCUGGCGCUGUUAGUCUCCAGCAUUUCUUUCCCCUUGGGCACCGGUCAGUUUCUGGCCGGUGAGCUGAGCACACACGAGCAGGUGACGCAGCUCUUCAGCAAUUUCACCUGGUCCCGUGAGGACUUAACCGUGGAACAGGCAGCCGUUGUCACCCACUGGAUGACCAACUACACCAGUGUCUUUUGCAAUCUGGUGAUCUUUACGAUCUUUACGUUCUUCUUUUCGAUAAUUGCGUCCACGAUUCCUGUGCCGUCCGGCAUGUUUAUACCCGUGUUUAAGAUAGGCGCCGCAUUUGGUCGCUUGGUGGGCGAGCUGAUGGCCUCGUGGUUUCCACAUGGCGUGCGCUACGGCGGUCGAUUGUCACCCAUAAUGCCCGGUGGCUAUGCUGUUGUUGGCGCAGCUGCCUUCUCUGGCUCUGUGACGCAUACGGUCUCCGUGGCAGUGAUUAUCUUUGAGAUGACUGGUCAGAUAACGCACGUAGUGCCCGUGAUGAUAGCCGUCCUGGUGGCCAAUGCGGUUGCCUCUCUGCUCCAGCCCUCGAUCUAUGAUAGUAUUAUACUGAUUAAGAAGCUGCCGUAUCUGCCAGAUCUGUUGCCCUCCAGCUCCGGCAUGUACAGCAUCUUUGUGGAGGACUUCAUGGUGCGCGACGUGAAAUACAUUUGGCACGGCAUCUCCUAUCAGAAACUCAAGGAGGUGCUCAAGAUCAACAAGACGCUGCGCUCACUCCCCCUUGUCGACAGUCCCGAGAAUAUGAUCCUGCUCGGUUCGGUGCAGCGCUACGAGCUAAUCAAGAUCAUUGAGAAACACAUUGGACGCGAGAAGCGCAUGGAGGUGGCCCAAAAGUGGCAAAAGGAGGCCGAGGAGCGCGCCUUGGAGGAGGAGAAGAGGAAACAGGAGGCGGAGCUUAAGCAGCGUCGUCCCUCACGGUUCGAGGUGCUGCCCGCACCGGAUAUACUCAGUCUGCGCCAGAUUGCCAACGAUGAGAUGCUGCCGCCAAAGAAACGCGCCGAAACGCUGCACAGCUCGUUGACGCCCCGCAAGUCCAUACUGAAGAAAACGAACUCCUUCAACCUGAAGACAUAUGCGCCAACAUCGCCACAUAGUCCCAGCAUCACACCCUAUACGACCAUAACGGGCAACUCGGAGUUUCGUAUACGGUCCGCCUUUGAGGCGAUCUUCAAGAAGUCCACCACACUGCAGGAUGUCCAACCGGAUCCGGAGAUGGGCUCCAUAGCGCCCCAUGAUGAGGCGCAAGUGCAGCGGGCGCCCAGUGCGCCCAGCACACCCGGCAUAUCCAAGAAGGUUCAGCUGCAAGCACAAAGCAAUUGGAAUUUCGUUACCGAUCAAAUCAUGCUGCAAGUCAACCCAAUUGCAACCCAAACGGAGGCCACAAACCAAAUGGAGGAUGACAAAGAUGAUACUGUAACAGAUAACACAGAUUCGUUUAAGCCAAACAAAUUGCCGCUCAACGAUGCCAAUACAGAUAAGACCUGCAUUAAAUACAAAACAAAUAAAGUUUCAGAUAUUAAUAGAGAGAUACAAUUACACGAGCCGGCUGCUGUUUGCGUCCUAAACGAAAAUCACGUAGAAAAUAUGAAAAAGCCUAAGAAAAAGAUACAAUUCAGUAGCGAUGUGAGAGUUAAAGAUUCACCAAAUCAUAGCUAUACAUCGGCUAAGAUAUCCGAUAAGCCAGAGACUAUUGAAACGGGUUAUACGAUAGAAGAUGUCGAUGACAGUUUAAUGGUUCCAAAUGAAGACAGCUUGGAUGUGAAUACGACCAUUAAAAAGGCGAAAUCGGUGCAACUGCCCAGGGAACGUGUCAUAGACAUGUCGCCAGAGGAUCAGAAGCAAUGGGAACUGGAGGAGAUGCUGAAACCCAUCGAUUUGGAAAAGACACAAAUACACAUUGAUCCGUCACCGUUUCAACUGGUGGAACGCACCUCCAUCCUCAAGGUGCACUCGCUCUUCUCCAUGGUGGGCAUCAAUCAUGCAUAUGUAACGAAAAUCGGACGACUUGUGGGCGUGGUGGGUCUAAAGGAGUUACGCAAAGCCAUCGAGGACAUCAAUAGCAACAGCUUUGUGGCACAUACACAGAACGAUGAGCUCGAUGGCGAUACGAAGCCAACUGUGGAGAAACCCCUACUCUCGCCCAGUGCCAGCGAUAAGGCCGUCAACAUGACCAUCACUUCAAUGGAUUCGGCCCUAUCCAAUUCAGACAAUUGUUCCGAUAUUGAAAUGGAGCACAUGAAGUCCUUGGAUUCGCCGGAAGUAACGCUCACGAUGCCGCCAACAGAUGCAAAUACAAAUACAAAUACAAAUACAACAACACAAGACACAAACCUAAACAAAUCUGUUUAGUAUUACAUAUUUGUAAACAGGUUAAACACCUGCUUCAUGUGUGUAAGGAUCCAGAUAAAAUGUAUACUAAGUUAUGUCAUAAUUUAAUUAGGACUACACCAAGUUGUUAUGUAUUUAUAUAUCUCGUUAGUGCAUAAAGUCAAAGAUAUCGUGAUCUAAAUUUAAGUUGCAAGCAAUGCGAAAUACAAGUUUAUCAAACAUUCAAA